CUUAACAUUAAAAAAAAAAACUUUCUUUCCAUCCCUGGAGUUGAACAUGCACUUUUCGUAGAAGAAUGGAUUUGUUGACAUUCAACCAAUUUGCAGUGCUCCUCUGGAAAAAUUUUACCUUAAAGAGGAGGCAGUUCUUUAAUUUAAUGUUGGAAAUCCUAGCAGCAUUGGUGUUUCCCGUGAUGCUUUUGCUGUUCCGUUCAGUUGUUACCAUAACUGCUGUUGGGCCUUACAACUUUACUUCUCAACCCAUCAGUACUCUGCCUUCUUUUCUCAAAAAUGCCGAAGAGUGGAAAUUGGUUUAUGUGCCUUCUAAUAUUGAUGUGCUAAAAGAGAUCACUGAGAAUGUGAAGAGGAAUCUAAACAUCAGCAUACAAGUUCAGGGCUUUUCUUCAGAAACUGAAUUUGAGAAGCACAUUAAGCAUGACUUUGACUCUCAGAAAGUGUUGGCUGCCAUUGUUUUUGACUAUGACUUCAAAAACAGCAGUGAUCCUCUGCCACUUCAGGUGAAAUAUCGUCUGCGUUUUUCUGGGAUAGAGAGGACUGUCUUUUGGCCAGACAGGCAAGGCUGGAAAACAUCCUUACUUUUUCCUAAUUUUCCCUCUGGAGGACCCCGGAACCCAAGUUAUCAGGAUGGAGGAAGUCCUGGGUACAUUAGAGAAGGGUUCCUGGCUGUACAGCAUGCCUUAGAUAAGGCCAUCAUGCUCUAUCAUGAUAGCAGUGCUAAAGAGAAGCUAUUUGAUGGUAUCAGCAUCUUUGUACAGAGAUUUCCAUACCCAGCUCAUCCUCAAGACAGAUUAUUUUUGCUCACUGGUGAUUUCUUCCCUUUGAUGUUCAUACUCAUGUUUGCUCCAACUGUACUUUCCAUCAUGCGAUUCAUUGUCUGGGAAAAGGAAAGUAGAUUGAAGGAGUACCAGCUCACAAUUGGACUUAAAAACUGGAUGAUUUGGACUGCCUAUUUAUUCACAUUCCUCCUUUUUUAUAUCUUCAUUAUCUGUUCCAUAUGUGUGUUAUUCUUUAUUUUCAAUGAGCAAGUCUUCCUCUACAGUGACUAUAGUUUCAUCUUUGUUUUUCUUGUGUGUUAUGCCAUCGCUUCAACAUUCUUUUGCUUUCUGGUUAGCACGUUCUUCAACAGAGCCAGUUUGGUUGCUUCUGCUGGGAGCUUCCUAUAUUUUGCCAGUUUCUUUCCAUUUAACACCAUUACUGAGAACUAUGGACAGAUAACCCUCACCAGGAAGGUGGCUGCCUGUCUCAGCCCAAAUAUUGCGUUGGCACUGGGGAUUAAGCUUCUGGUCAAGUUGGAAUUAAAACUUGGUGUUAAGUGGAAACACCUUUGGACACCAGCCAACCUUGAGGAUGAGCUCAUCUUUAGAUAUAUGUUGGGAAUGCUUUUAUUUGAUGCUUUCUUUUAUGGUCUUGUGACCUGGUAUGUAGAAAAUGUCUUUCCAGGGCAGUAUGGCAUGCCCCAACCAUGGUACUUUUUUCUUAUGCGCUCAUACUGGUUUGGCCAAGCAAGAAUUAAAAGAAAAGAAAUGAAAGACUGUAGGAUAACUCUAACCAAGUAUUUUGAGGCUGAACCUACAAGUUUGGUGGCAGGUAUCCGGAUCAAACAUUUAUACAAGAAAUUUGGUGACAAGGUAGCAAUAAACAACAUGUCUUUGAAUUUAUAUAAGGGGCAGAUCACUAUUCUUCUAGGACAAAAUGGGGCAGGAAAAACAACAGUCUUGUCCGUUCUCACAGGUUGUUACCGUCCUACCAGAGGAGAGGUCUGUAUUUACGGAUAUGACAUCUCAAAAAACAUAAGGGAAAUUCGAGAAAAUAUGGGCUUCUGCCCACAGCAUGACUUGUUGUUUAAUGACUUGACACUCUCAGAACACAUUUUUUUCUACUCUGUGGUAAAACGUAUACAGCGAAAGAUACCUCCUCUGGAAGUUGACAAUAUGCUGUCUACUUUUAACCUGCUAGAAAAACGUGACACGUUUUCAGAGUCACUGACUGGAGGAAUGAAGCGCAAACUCUCCAUCAUCAUAGCACUUUUAGGAAGCCCCAAGGUAGUGAUACUUGAUGAACCAUCAUCUGGCAUGGACCCAGUCUCCAGGAGAGCCACCUGGGAUGUCCUUCAGCAGUUUAAACACAAGCGUACCAUCUUACUGACCUCUCAUUACAUGGAUGAAGCUGAUAUCCUGGGUGACCGAAUUGCCAUCAUGGUCAAAGGGACCCUGCAGUGCUGUGGCUCUUCAAUCUUCCUGAAAAAAAUAUAUGGUGCUGGAUAUCAUGUAGUCAUAGAGAGGGAACCAUGGUGUGAUGCUGAAAAGAUCUCUGCAGUGAUUUACUCUCGUAUACCAGAUGCCAUUUUGGAGAACUCUAUUGGAACUGAAUUAUCAUUUAUCCUGCCUAAAGAACAUACACACAGGUUUGAAGCUCUGUUUAAUGAACUGGAAGAGAAACAGAAAGAGCUGGGCAUUGCCAGCUUUGGUGCUUCAAUUACUACCAUGAAAGAAGUCUUCCUUAAGGUCAAUAAGCUGGCAGAUUCUCAAACGGAUGUCCGGCCAAGCCAGUCCCGCCAAAAAAGAAGACAAGACAUGGAGCAGAAUGAGAGUGUGUCCAGAAGUCAUGAGAGACCCGUUUUUCCAUCACUGAAUGAAACUGCUAACAUUAAAUUCAAUACUGGGUUUCCACUUUACCGCCAGCAGUUUCACUCCAUGUUUAUAAAGAGAGCACUGUUCAACUGGCGAAAUUGGAGGUUGACAUUGCUGCAGAUAUCAGUAAUUUUGUUUGUCACUACUUAUCUCUUAACAACUCUAAGCUUAGAUUUUGAUUUACCUGCCAGAGAAUUGGACUUGAGUCAGUAUGGUCGAACAAUUGUGCCCUACUCAAUUUCUGGGAAUUCUGAUUUGGCUCUGAAUCUCAUAAAAAACCUUAAAAUUUUUCUAAAACUUAAGAAUCAAGAACUUCGAAGAGUGCAAGGUAAUGUAAAGAAUUACAUAUUGGAAAGUAAAGAAUAUCGUGACUUCUCCAUUACUGCAUUUUCCAUUAAGGUUGAGAAAAACAAAACAAUAGUUACUAUUUUGUUCAAUAAUGAGGCAUACCAUUCAGCUGGAACAUCCCUGGCAGUGUUAGACAACAUUCUUUUUAUGUCACUUUCUGGCCUCAAUGCUUCCAUUAGAGUCUCCAACAAACCUCAACCUCUCCCUCUUUAUGGUUCUAAUGUAGGGCCUACAAAUGGAGUACAAGUAGCAUUAUCUUUGGCUUUUGGCAUGGCCCUUGUGGUCAGUAGCUUUUGCCUUCAGACAGUGACUGAGAGAACCACUAAGGCAAAGCACAUCCAGUUUGUGAGUGGCGUCUACUUACUUACUUACUGGCUCGCUGCUUUGCUGUGGGAUCUCAUCUACUUCUCCAUUAUCUGCUGCUUCAUACUGGGUGAGGAAGAUGGGAACCUAUAUAGUUACCCAAGGGAUAAACCCAUGAGUAAAGGAGUCGGUGAAAUGCCACCAGCUGGACUUGUUCUUGGACCCAUCAAGAGGAGGCAAUGCUUGCUGCUUUCUCAGUGUUCUGGCUCAACUUCUUGUUAUUUUGGUGUGCUUCAUCUUGCUCUUUACCGGUGCCUUCUGUCCCAGGGAGUGUUCAUAUACUGCAGAGUGGAUGCAUUUUUCGCGAAUUACCACUUUCUGGACACAAUGAUGAUCUUUCUGCUGUACGGUUGGUCUGUUGUUCCCCUCAUGUACCUUGGAAGCCUCCUGUUUUCUAGUAGUCCCAUUGCCUACAUCAAGCUCACCCUCUUCAACUACUUCUCAACGGUUUUCAGUCUCGUCUUUCACAUCAUGAUGCAGCACACUGCAAUUGACAUGCAUGAAUCCGCAAGAACCUUCAUGGGUAAUGCAUUAAUGAUGCUGCCUAAUUACAACUUUGCAAUGAGUAUCAGCAAAUUCUUUGAUGACUACAUGAUGAAAAAACUGUGUACCACACACAAGCAAUUUCAAAGCAUCUAUGUGAACUGCAACAAAACAUUUACUGAGAACAGUGUGUAUAGUUUUGGAGAACACGGGAUUGCGAAGUUUUUGAUUUCACUGGCUGCCCUGGGCUUAAUUUUUCUGCUCUUGCUGUUUUGUCUGGAAAGUACAUUCUGGAGCCUGAAAAACUUUUUCUUUCAUAAAAUUGUAUUUGCUGUCUACAAAAUAUUCAGGAAACGCAAGAAGGCCACCGUGUCCACCCAAGUGAUCAACGAGUAUGUGGAUAAAGAUGUAGAAAAUGAAAGGAAGAGAGUCCUGGCACUGUUACCUAAGUUGAAGGCUGCCCCCGUGCUUCUUAGUGAACUUACAAAGAUUUAUUUCAAGUGUCCAGUUGUAAUGGCUGUAAGAAACGUCUCCCUUUUAGUCCAAAAGUAUGAGUGCUUUGGAUUACUUGGAUUAAAUGGAGCUGGAAAAACCACUAUAUUCAAAAUGCUGACUGGAGAGGAGACCUUAACUUCUGGCGUUGUGUUAAUUAAAGGCAAUAACAUCACGGAAAAUAUCCGAAAGGUUAGGUCAAGAAUUGGCUAUUGUCCUCAAGCUGACACCAUGCUGAACCACAUGACCGGUCGGGAAUUGCUAAUCAUGUAUGCCAGGCUGUGGGGGGUCCCUGAGCCAGACAUUUCCAUGUAUGUGGAAGCAUUUUUGCAUUCAAUGCACAUCGAAGACCAUGCUGACAAGCUGGUCCACACAUACAGUGGAGGAAACAAACGUAAACUGAAUACUGCCAUUGCCCUAAUGGGAAAGUCCUCAGUUAUCUUCCUGGACGAGCCAUCUACUGGCAUGGACCCAGUAGCCAGGCACCGGCUCUGGGACACAGUUACAUGGAUAUGUAAAACUGGCAAAACUAUCAUCAUAACUUCCCACAGGUAUGACCUACUAGGAGACUUGGUUGACAGUUACAAGAGUCUAAGAGGAAAUUAGUUGGAGCCAGGAAUACGGGUCAGUGAACUUGUCUAAGUAUGUGAAAUACGCAAGAGGAAUUGUGAGCAGAUACUGAUUCCUAUCUAAAACCAAGCAUCCUCAGUGGAGUUCUGGAAUCCAGGCUCAACAGAAGAUAGGAAGUUAGGGGACUGUUCUCAUUGUGAAUUUAGCAAUCAACUUCUUUGAAUGUUAAAACCUGCUCUUCACAAAUAUUGUCUUACUAAUGAUCAUCGGCAAUACCAAGCUCUCCUCCUCUGAUGAGUGUUACCUUAUGAUCAUAGCUGUGUUUCAAAAUACAGAAUUCGCCCUCUGAAAGCGAGUUUCUUCAGCCAUAUAUUCCUUUGUGCCCCUAGCAUGGAAGAAUGUGAGGUCAUUUGCACCAGGCUGGCCAUCAUGGUAAAAGGGAAGUUCAAGUGCCUAGGCAGCCCUCAGCACCUCAAGCACAAGUUUGGUAAUAUAUAUAAUCUGACAGCAAAGAUUAAGAUUGACAAUAAUGAAGAUAAACAAAAAGAGUUCAAAGACUUCAUUGCAACAACUUUCCCAGGUAAUAUACGUAGGGCUGACUUAUGAAAACGGUGUUAAAGUCACAUAUGUUGUUUUGCUC